GACAAGUUAUAGAUCAAAUUAGAACUUCGUUCCAUUACAAUGAGUUUGUAACUGGUAGGGGAUUAUGUAUUGCUAUGCAAUACUCACAGAAUGCUUGUUUUUAUCAAAAUGGGAAAAAUGACAAAACACAGUAAAUUAUAUUUGAAUCUCUUCAUCAUCCAUUACUAGAAAUUGGAUUAUCAGGCCUUAAGGCAGACUAUUACUGCAAACAUGUGAAAAGAAUAAUUACGCAAUUGCAUUGCACCACUGAUUUUAAGGAAGGGAGUCACGGGACACAGAUAAUAGUCAGGAUAUGGAUAGGAAACAACACUAGUAUAAGUAGUGCAUGGACACAGAAGAUACUGAACUGUAACCAAGAUAAAUACAUAUCAACCGCUUAGUCCAAAACCAUGGCUAUGAUUACCAGAAGGAGCCUCAACGUUAGACAUUGCCUUACAGUAUUACUACUGCUAGCCAUUUUGUUGAUCUUCUGUGUCCUAAGUGGGGGAUUGAGUUCUCCAGAUAAUACUUUUGAUCCUUUUGAGGCCUAUGGAAAAUGGCCAACAAUUAUCAUGUAUAUAAUGAGGUACAUGACACUAAUACCACUUCCCUUGUCCAUCUGCAACUUUCUAGGAAUCGUCAUGUUUAACACUCAUCCAACAAAACCCAAGUUAAAAAUGUCCACAUUAUUUGGUCCAUUCAUUUGUUUUCGUGUUGUGACAAGGGGUACAUAUCCAGAUUUAGUGAAGCGAAAUGUGAGUAGAAAUAUUGAAAUGUGUUCAUUGGUUGGUUUGGAAAAUUAUAUAUUCGAAGUUGUAACCGACCGAUCAAUUGACAUGCAGAAAAGUACACGUGCUCGUGAACUUGUUGUGCCGUCCACAUACACUACUGCCAAUGGUACUCUUUACAAAGCUAGGGCUUUACAAUAUUGUUUAGAAGAUGGAGUCAACAUGUUAACAAAUAAUGAUUGGAUAGUUCAUCUGGAUGAAGAGACUUUGUUAACCGAAUCAUCUGUCAUAGGGAUCAUUAAUUUUAUUCAUGAAGAUAAAUACCAGCUAGGUCAGGGAGUCAUCACUUAUGCCAAUGAAGAAAUUAUAAGUUGGAUAACAACCAUAGCAGAUUUAGUGCGAGUUGGAAUCGACUUUGGAAUUUUAAGAUUUAGCUUAAAUUAUCUACAUAAACCUCUUUUUAGCUGGAAGGGAAGUUUUGUAGUUGUAAAUGCAGGAGUUGAAAGAAAAGUUACAUUUGAUUUUGGAAUAGAUGGAAGUAUUGCAGAAGAUUGUUUCUUUGCAUUGACAGCUUGGAAGAGUGGUUAUCAGUUUGGGUUCAUUGAAGGAGAAAUGUGGGAGAAAAGUACAUUUUCACCGAUGGAUUAUAUUCGACAAAGAAAACGUUGGGUUCAGGGAAUCAUAAUGACUUUAUUAUGCCCUACCAUACCUCUUAAGUACAAAUUUGGCAUAUCUUUCAUGGUACUUGGUUGGCUGUCAAUGCCAUUUACAGUACCAAACAUUGUAUUGGUGCCACUUUGUCCACUUCCCAUGCCACAAGCAGUCAAUAUUUUAUGUGGUUUCAUGGGUGGGGUCAUGCUAUUUCUAUUUAUAUUUGGUUCAACAAAAUCUUUUAACUACAGACGUUUAGGUUUAGUUAGAUUUUUAUUUCUCUGUAUAUCACCGAUUUUGUUACUUCCUGUUUGCAUAACUAUGGAAACCUGUGGUAUUGUACUAGCACUACUGUCUCGGAAAUCUGGUGGAUUUCACAUUGUAGCAAAAGAAGUAUCAGGACAAGUAUCAGAUGUUUAGAUUUAAAUCAUUGUUAUAUUUAUUUUGUUGUUUAUGUCUUGCACUUCAUGCAAAUAAUAGAUAAGUGUUGUAUCUAAGUACUAGCUUAUUUUGUUAUCAAACCUAAUGUAUACUGUCAUUUGUGGAAGAGAUAAGUUCAUUUUUUUCCUUCCCUUUAAAUCUUUGAAAGUAUCUCAACACAACUAUCAGGGAGGCUCCAAUGUCUUGAUAUUACAACUAUUGUAAACCAGCAAAAUUUAUGAAAAAUGGGUACUUAGUUUGUGUAAUCAAUUUUUUCUCAUUUUUCCAGACUUGAGAACAUAGUCAUUUUUCAACAAAAUUUACAAAAACGGGUACAACAUUCGUGUAAUCAACUCCUAUAGUUUUCAACUCAGAUCCUUGAAAGUUCACAGUAAGAUUGCACAUAUGUUGAUGUUGUGUAUCUGCUAUUAUUGAAUUGUUUGAUGGUUUUUUUCUCAUUUUUCAAAACUUGGGAGCUUAGUCAUUUUCCAGCAAAUUUUUGAAAGAUGGUACAAGUAAUGUGUAAUCAACUCCUCCUAUAGUUUUCAACCCAAAUCCUUGAAACUUCACAGGAAGAUUGCACAUAUUUUGAUGUUGUGCACCUGCUAUUAUUGAAUUGUUUGAGGAUUUUUUUUUCUCAUUCCCCAAACUUUGAACCCCUAUAUGAAUUUCUUGUCAUCAAAUUCAUUUUAUUAAAAGCUAUAAUUAAAACAAAUUGUAACUCGUUUUUUAUAUGGAUUAGACCGUUGGUUUUCCUGUUUGAAUUGUUUUACACUAGUCAUUUUGGGGCCUUUUAUAGCUUGGUGUUCAGUCUGAGCCAAGGCUAAGUGUUGAAGGCCGUACUUUGACCUAUAAUUGUUUACUUUUUACAUAUUGUGACUUGGACGGAAAGUUGUCUCAUUGGCACUCAUACCACAUCUUCUUAUUUCUAUAAACAUAUUGAGUUGGCUGCAUUUGAAAGCAUCAACUUUUGAAUUUUUACAUACCAAGUGUAGGUAUCCAAUAGGCUAUUUCAGAAUCUAAAGGAUUGUAUGUAGUUUAAUUGUUCGUACCCCAAAAAGGAUAAUAAUGUCACCUCAUUGAUUGAAUUCCCAUUAUUUUGGACGCUGUAAGCCAUUCACAAUGUUUUGGUGUACACUUUUUGAAAUAUUACCCAGAAUGCAUUAGAUUCUUCAUUGGCAAAUUCUAAAUUGUCAUACAUGUCAUAUGAUAUUAGGAAUUUCAAAAUUACUUUUAAGGUUACAUUCAGUAUAUGGAACUUCAUAUUUCAUUUAUAACCAGAAACAUUUCUUGUAAUUUUGGUGCCAAAGGAUGGAAACUGUCAUAUUUGCCUUUCUGAGCAAACCAAGGUCGAUACUAGGAUAGGCUACUGUGGGAAUCAGGAUAUUGGUGUUUUGGUUUCAUCGUUGUAUGAUAUCCUUAAAGUUUGUUUAUAAGCACUUAUAUCUGAGGUUUAUCUACUCGGGGACCAAAUUCUCCACCAAAAGUUGUCAGGGUAUUGGGCAGUUUGUUCAACCGUCUUACCGAUCCUUAUUUAUAGCAUAUAAACCCUCCAACUUUUUUCCCACCCAAGUAUUGGAAACAUGUAUUUUAUUAUUUUGCCUUGUUAGAUCUCUUAUUGAAGUAUUUUUACAUUCCAGUUUAGUUUUUGAAUUUGCUUGCCAUUGUACUGUAUUUCAGAUUUUUAUAAACAUGAUUGAGGUUUAAUAAUUGUGUAUGCUGUUAAACAGCAUUAU